UAUGUCGUGCAUUCUCCGUGUGAGAAGGGAGCGCCAGAAUGAAGUGAUCAGCCAGCAGCUCUCUGUCAUUUUCACUCAUUGCUAUGGACCCUACCCUAUUCCAAAGCUCGUUGAAAUUAAGCGCAAGCAGACCUCUCGCCUUGAUCCUCAUUUUCUUAACAAUAAAGAGAUGUCAGAUGUUACAUUUCUGGUGGAAGGAAGACCAUUUUAUGCACACAGAGUGUUGCUAUUUACUGCAUCACCAAGGUUUAAAGCAUUGCUGUCUAGCAAGCCCUCAUCUGAUAGUACUUGUAUUGAGAUCAACUAUGUGAAGUACCCCAUCUUUCAGCUGGUUAUGCAGUAUCUUUAUUACGGAGGUGCAGAGUCACUCCUGAUUAAAAAUAAUGAAAUUAUGGAGCUUCUCUCCGCUGCUAAAUUUUUCCAGCUUGAAGCUUUGCAACGACACUGUGAGAUCAUUUGCGCAAAAAGCAUUAAUACAGAAAACUGCGUGGAUAUUUAUAAUCAUGCCAAGUUUCUCGGAGUCACAGAACUAUCUUCCUAUUGCGAAGGGUACUUUCUAAAAAAUAUGAUGGUCCUUAUUGAAAACGAAGCUUUCAAACAGCUGUUGUAUGACAAGAACGGAGAGACGUCUGGUCAGAAUGUACUACAGGACUUACAGAGGACGUUGGCCACAAGGAUUCAGUCAAUUCAUUUGUCUUCUUCAAAGGGCUCCAUUGUAUAAAGCUGAGGAAGAUGGUAACCCUCUAAUAAAGACCCUGCAAGUUAGGUCUGCUGUUGCAGUUGCUUAAACCCGUUGCUUUAACGACUACGAAAAAAAAAUAAAUUAAAAAUUCUACUUUGCAUCCAAAUAGUUCUGUGUUGGCCAAAGGUGCUGCGCCGGAGCUGCGUCCCCGUUUGGAUGAGGGAAUACAGAAAACAAAGCUCCUCCCUGUUUUGGAGCAAACGGGGUACCAGAGUAUCCAGUGAAUUGCUGUUGCUCUCAGAUUUUGAACACACUCGUGUGGCCGUGGAGCUGAGGGCCAACAAAAGCCAGAACUCACACCAGUGAACAGCAGAAGCCUCUGCCUGAGCGGUGGUGCCGGGGAACACCUGAAUUGACCAAUUAAUCAUUUAAAGCGGAUUUCUUCCACUGUUACACAUUUAAGGACUAUAGCUAUCCUGGAGUCCAUUAUCUCAUGCAUUUAAGAAAUGUAAGAACUGUUAUUGCUGUCGAGCAAAGACAACUGUAUUAGAGAGUGGGUAAGACUGUUACAGCUGAGGAAAUAUACUGGCAGAUUUUUAGGGGUGGGAACUUUUUAAAUUGUUCAUAGAAAUAAUGGGGUGGCCUUGUAGUUUAAAAACUGUUUCCUAAGCUUAAAAUUUCAUUUUCGACAGAGCUGUGUUUAAGAAUCUAUGUAACAUGUUUUUGGUUUUUGUUUUUUAAAAUGGUAAAAUGUACAUUGUGCAAACAUACAUAUGAUGAAGUUUUGCUUGUAUUCUUUCCUAAGGUGGUAUAAUCUUGCCUAACAGGCUAUGGUUACACCGAAGAGGUACAUUACCCAGACUAUCUCUAAUACAGUAGUUGGGGGGGCAGGAGAACUGCAUGCUACUCGUGAUUUGGGGUUAAAAACAAUGACAAACUCAACAUGCAUUUGCAUGGUAACUGUACCUGUGAAAUGUUACGUUCGUGCUUCGUUUCGCCAAGACAAAUGCAAUGUUACUUCUUGUCAACUUUCACUUGUGAAAUUAGCAUAUUUUUUUAUUUGGUGCGAGUGGUUGUGAUAUGAUACCCCCGGAAACCCUUCUUGAGAUGCUGAUUUCUGUUUGUUACAGUGAAGGGGUGAUAACAGGUCUUUACUUCAGUAAUGUGUCGAUACUUUGCUACUGGCCAGAGAUUGUGUCCAAGUUAGACUUUUUUAAAUUAUAAUUAAAUAUGUACUGUGGA